CUUGGGUUUCGACAAGCGGAGUUUCGAUCCAAUUGCCAGUGCAUGCUCUGUGUUAGAUUUCUGUGUACGUAUAUAUCUGUGUACGAAUAGCGUGUUCUAUUGAAAGUUUGUUGACUGGUAGAUGGGAAUAUAACGUCUGUUCAAUAAAAAAAUGGAUUUUGUUCGGGAAAUGUUGAUGGAAAGUAGGCGGCAGGACAUCUCUUGGGCUAACUCUGCUAUAAGAGGAUGUGUCGAUUCUACCAUACAUUCCCAUAUACCCUCGACAUUAGCAAAUAUAGCUUUUUUUUACAAUCCAUGAAAACAGUGAGAAACCCCGUUGGCGAGUUGCUGUUCUUACCGAAGUGGGUGUGCUGAUUGCAGCGCCUAAUCGCAAUAACCACAGUGCCGCGAGGUGUCAUACAGAAUAACCCUGGGCGUCAGGAUUGACGUCAUUUCUCCCUAUAGGUCAGACUGGCGAAGGUCAAGCGUGCGGUUGAGAGCCGACCACAUCGUCCGCGGGUUCCACCACCGCUACCAAACAUCAAUGGCAGCCUUCUCAAUAAUGUGUGUGGUAUGGUGGCCCGCAAUCUGUGCAAGUUCUGCGUUUCCUUGCUCAACUCUAACAAGGUCCAACUGCUUCUGUGUCUAGCCUUGAUUCUCAACGCCUUCUUAUUGAUACGGAUGGCCCGAGGGCGAGCUGUCACUAUGAAGACACAGGCGUACUACAACAGUGAAGACAUUCGACACAAUCUCAAAAUGGAAACUGCUGAGCACAGGCCUUGGAGAACUGCUGAUAAAUUAGAGAUGGCUGGAGUGGCUGCUUUAGAACAGUUCGGGCGAGCUGUCAAGUAUGGACUGCCAAAGCUUUACGGGCGACCAAGGAAGGAAAGAGUUUUCCUAACCAUCGGAAUUCCGUCCAUCCCAAGGAACAACGGAGAUAUAUACAUCCUGAAAACUAUUGAUAAAUUCAUCCUGAUGACCUCGCCAGAGGAACAAAAUGAUGUGAUACUUGUCAUCUACCUCGGCACCUUUGCCAAGGCACGAACCAGCGCCACAGCGGAGCAAAUAUUCAACAAAUAUGGGGACUACAUCGAGAGUGGAUUUAUACAUAUCGUGGAAGCUCUGGAGGAUUUUUACCCAAAUCUUAACAUAAACAAACUGAAUUACAAAGACUCGCAAAACCGGGUAAGAUGGCGAUCAAAACAAACCGUGGAUUUUGCAUACAUGUUUACGUAUUGUCAGAAUUUGUCACGUUUUCAUUUGCAAGUUGAAGAUGACGUCAUUCCGGCGCGGCAUUAUGUCCAGGCGAUCAAGCAAUAUAUCCUGGAGGUUCGACAGCAAACUUGGUCGACUUUGGAGUUUUCUGGUUUGGGUUAUAUCGGCAAGUUACAUAAAUCGGAAGAGUUACCGAGCAUUGCGCUGUUUUAUAUGAUGUUUUAUUUUGAGAAGCCAGUGGAUUGGUUGCUUUUUGACUACAUGGGGAUGCGAGUCCAACCUAAGCGUCUCAUUAGGCCGAAGGCGUUGUUCCAGCACAAGGGUGUAGUUUCGUCGCUUGAUGGCAAGAAGAACCCCCUCGUCGAUAAUACCUUUGACAAGAUCGCAGUAACAGAAAAACCGAACAAUCCUAACGCCAAACUUUACACAAAUAUGUCCGUGUUCGGACACAAUGAUAUCUCAAAUGCAUAUGGGACAGACCAUACGAAGUUCUUCUGGGGGAAAACGCCCCACAAAAACGAUGUGAUAUUCUUAAUAUUUGACACUGCUGUGAAAUUAGACCGCGUAAUAAUACAUUCCGGAAAUGCUCACUACCCGAAUGACUUCAUCCGAUUUGGUCGCGUGGAUGCAAGUCCGCGCGUGCAGAAUCGGAGCAGUGAUGCCACACAUUUAAAAUGCGCUGAUUACAAAAACUUAGGUUCUUUGGAGGAGGGGGUGAUGGAUGCACAUGGACUAGGUUUUUCCAUCCCAUUCGAAACCAAGUGUCUGCGGAUAAAGUUAGAACAAGACCAGGAUCAAUGGAUCAUGCUGAAGGACAUCUCAGUAUAUACUGUCAAAAGGCAAACAAGCCCUUCACCUAAAUAGUCACGAAGUCGAGUGAACCAGCUGACGAUCUUUUUACUUUCUGUUUCUUGGUAUCCAACGCCACCAAACAGUAAAACUUAUUUAAAGCACCAUCCCGUCUUUGUUUGAAUAGACGUCAAAGUUCGAGAAGCGCCAUGCUGCAUGUACUCGUGCACGCGUAUUGGUGCGCGUUCGAUUUUUAAGCUUUCUAUUGUACAAAAGUUGACUUGCUUAUAUAUUCUACAAGUCCGUUGGCUUCGAGGGUGGCAGCUAGUGAGGCUGAUGAUGGCUAAAGAGUGAUAAAAGGGGUAAAGCCUGCAGCACACUAGCCGCCAACUUCGGCGUUCACAGGCGUUUUUUGCCGCAAGAGUCCUGAACAUCCCAUCACGAGUUUGAAAUUGGGGAAGGGGAAUCCCCAACAAUGCAAUGCACAGCGUGUUAGUAGUAUAGUAAUCACCGUAAGAAAAUAAAUUCAUGCUAGAUUUCUGCCCUAGUUUACUGCAGACUACCAAGGCUUCAUUCUCUCUCAAACUUGAGUUAUUCGCAUCAACUCUAUUGUGAGAUUUUAGAAUCAAUGUUAGAGCAGGUCGUGUAUAAUUCAUUAGCUCAUUUAGACGUGUAGGCAUCCUUCACAAAAGUGCAAUGC